CGGAUUAACCUUUUAUUAUUAUAAUCUUGUUUGCUCACUUGUGUAGCAUUUUAUCUGAUCACUGUCGUACGAUAUUAUUAUCUGGUGGAAACGCUGUUACCGGUGCAGCUGUCCCUUUAAGGACGCUCAGCGCCCAAUCGCGGCGCGUAAACUGAAUUUUGUUGUUGUCAGCAAACAGCAGCUAGUGGAUGUAAGCUAGAGUUAGCCCCGUGAGCUAACACCGUUUGUCUCAUUCACCGCAGUCAAGAAGCACAUUACCGGUUGUAGCGGUCAGAAAAGUCGCCGUGUGUCUCCGGUAAUCGGUAAAAGAUGACUUCUGCACUGUCUGAUCCAACUCUAGAGAGACAUUUCAAGGGUCACAGGGACACUGUGACCAGCGUGGACAUCAGCGGCAACAUGAAACAGAUUGCCACAGGCUCUAUGGACUCCUGUGUGAUGAUCUGGAACAUGAAACCUCAGAUGCGAGCAUAUCGUUUUGACGGACACAAAGAUGCUGUCAUUUCAGUUCAGUUUUCUCCCUCUGGCCAUCUGGUGGCCUCUGCCUCCAGAGACAAGACUGUACGUCUUUGGGUACCCAGCAUGAAGGCUGAGUCAACAACUUUCAGGGCUCACACUGCCACUGUGCGCAGCGUUAACUUUUCUGGUGAUGGACAGACUCUGGUCACAGCCUCUGACGACAAGACCAUUAAAGUGUGGACCGUCCACAGGCAAAAGUUUCUCUUCUCUCUCAACCAGCACAUCAACUGGGUCCGCUGCGCCAAGUUUUCUCCAGAUGAUCGUUUGAUUGUGUCGUCCAGUGAUGAUAAAACUAUAAAGCUGUGGGACAAGAAUAGCAGAGACUGUAUUCAUUCUUUCUACGAACAUGCUGGUUAUGCAAACCAUGUGGACUUCCAUCCCAGUGGCACAUGCAUUGCUGCGGCCAGUACUGAUAACUCUGUCAAGGUGUGGGACAUCCGAUCCCAUAAGAUGCUACAGCACUACCAAGUCCACAGUGGCGUUGUGAACAGCUUGUCUUUCCACCCGGCUGGUAAUUUCCUCAUCACGGCGUCCACCGAUUCCACAAUGAAGAUACUGGACCUUGUAGAGGGCAAGCUGCUGUACACACUGCACGGACACCAGGGUCCAGUGACCUGUGUGGCCUUCUCCAGGACAGGAGAGUACUUUGCCUCUGGUGGUUCUGAUGAACAGGUAAUGGUGUGGAAGACCAACUUUGACUGUGCUGAAUACAGUGAUGGUGUCAGGCUGCAGCAUAAAACUACUUCCAGCUCGCAGGCACCACCAGCCAGCUCCACGGCUCGCCCUCCCUUUACCUCGCAUCCAUCUGUGCUCCGCAGCCAGGCCUCUGAACAAUCAGAACAUUUUAACGGACAGGACUCCCACUCUGCUGCCCACACUCAGAGUGGCAGUCGCAGCAGCAGCCACAGCAGAGCGGCUCAUUCACACACCUACAGAAACCCCAGCACCUGCUCCUCCUCCUCCACCCACCAGGGUUUACCACAGCAUUCAUCCCAGGUUCAAGCACAGUCCUCAGAUGGAGGCGUCCCCCCCGGCAUAGCCAGCACACUUGAACACAUAAUAGGUCAACUGGAUAUUCUCACUCAGACGGUUUCGAUCUUGGAGCAGCGGCUCACGCUGACGGAGGACAAGCUCAAAGAGUGCUUGGAGAACCAGAUGGAGAUCGGCCUACACCUCCAAAGACGAGAGGAGGCCUAAAAGAUGGCGGCAUCACAGGUUGAGCUGCGGUUUGAGGGAAAUGGGGUCACAUCGACACCUCCAACAGAAACACAUACAUUGCUGUCUUGUUGUUGUUAGAUCACACUUGAAAUGUGUGAUCUUAGACACAGUGACACAUUCACAGGUUUAGCAGAGAGUUGACGUGCACCGCUUCCCUGACUGGACUUUAAAAGCACACUGCUGAUGAACUGUGUCUGAUUAUUUUACAAAGAGAUAUCAGGAGGGAACGAGUUGAAUAUUAAAGAAGUCGUUCCGCGGCAACAGUGCUGAGAGCGCAGUCCCUUUUCUGCUGACGAAGGACCUGCUCGCUAGUGACUUUGUGUGUGUGUGGUGAUGGUUGCAAAAGUGUGAACACAUGCAUUUUUUUGUACUGACUUUUGCACUUGCCUAUGCGCCGCACAUGUGGAUGCUUUAACUCUAAAUCUCAAAAUGGCAUUCAUAAAAUGCUCCUAAUCUCUGAAGUACAACCAAAAAUGUGCAGGAGGCGCAGUGACUGUUUUAGUCGCAAGCAGGCAGGUACAGUAAUUUGAACAUUUUUAAGCCGGAGAAAAUUCAUUAAAACAGGAAGCUUUGUUAUCAGCCUGAAUCUGACCUUAUUAAAUUGUCCACAAAUGCUUCACCUGUCAUCAUUAGAAGAAGAAGUACUGCUUGUUUGAAAUGAGUUUUAAAUCACCUAACAGUUACUGCAGAGCCGACACUGUGCCUUUAUUGUGUCUGACAUGAAGAAAGUCGACUCGUCCAGAUUGGUAAGUUUGUUAGUUUGGUGAUAUUUUAUUGUUUAGAUUAUCAACAAAACCUGUGAAAAGACCAACGAGUUGAUCCUCAUAACAAUAUUUUCUUCUGUGCUUUACACCUCCAUUGUUGUCCAAACACAUGAAUGAGCAACCGAUUUGAUAUCAGCCAUAACGACUGGUCCACAAUAUAUAGUUUCUAGAGUUUUUUUGUGAAUAUUAUUAUAAAAAUGUUGCGUUUUCUGGCGAGUUGCCGUCACAACUUGUUAAAACCUCGUUAAUCCUUGGCCUCAUAAUUUCAAAGACUCCACGCAGUGUUACAGAUUUAAAAUUUUUAAAAAAGGGAACCCUGGUAUCAGAUCUGAAGUCUGUACUGACAGGAGAGAAGUUUGAUUCGUGCAUCUUUAAACACUCAUCCGUGCAGCAAAUGACUGAAUAUGAUCAUUCUGAAUGUCUUCGCCAAAUGCACUGUUUUCUUCUGUUUAUGUGAUGUUUGUGGAUUGACAUUACCUAGCUAUUUAAGUAACUCAUUUUGUCUUUCUUUUAAAAAGUAAAAUUAUAUAUUGUGACCUUUUUUUUUUUUUACAGAUUUACACAUGGAGUGACUUUGCUUUGGGCUAAGAGGUUAAGAAAGCUGAAAAAUACCGAGACUGACACAUUGUUGAUUUUGGUCUUCUCACUAGAUUGUUGACAAUGAACAAAAUGUAAAAAACAAAAACA